AGCGGGUCUUGCUGAGGAUGUGCUGUAGAUUUCCAGCGUUACCAAGAUGGAUCUGAACCAGAUGACCGGCGGGACGUCAUCGACUUCCCCACAGGCGUGGGGUCAGCCGUCCGGCUUCUUAACUCAGCAAACGGCCUCCUACACUCCACCCUCGAGCGCCCAGCUUCCGCCUCUCGAGCCACACCUGUCCUCCCUCGUUGAUUCUCUGGUCGACACGCCAACGAAUACACAGCAACCCCAGCGUCGUGAGACACCACCCAACACGAACACCGAGAUCUCACAGCCGACCAUGGCGGCCGCACUCGGCGCUGACUUCGAUGUGAGGAACGCCGCUUCGCUGCUGAGGCUGCGGGAGAUCCUCAAGUCCGACGACAACGUCGAGGCGCUCAGCGGCCUGCUCAGGAGCCUGCGGCGAGAUACGGGAGGCGCCGACCGACAAGACGCACCACCCGGCUUCUCGCCCCACUCCCAACAGACCUACUCGCCAGCCUCGCAGGCCACCCAGCCCCCUCCACCCCCUCCCCCCGGCAGCAACCACCACAUGACCACCACCAGCCGCCAGAUGACCAUGAACCCCGCCGCCCAGGCUGUCGCUGGGUACGGGCGGGCGAUGACCGCCGGUCUGGAGGGCCUGCAUGAGAGGGAGGUGUCGGUGAUCGACUACACGGGUGGGCAGACGAUGCUUCUGUCGCGUCAGCAGACGCAGCCGACAUACCACCGCCCGCAGCAGCAGCAGCACCCCCCGAUGCAGAUGCCGAUGCAGCACAUGGCCCACCAGCAGCAGAUGAUGGAGGAGAAAAAGGGCGAGAAGGAGGGGGUCGCACGCGAAGUGCGCAGGAUGAUAUGCUACAAAACCAAAAUGUACGUCCCGACACGGGCCACAGGAAAAACCACUGCCAAGGCCAGAAAGCGGUGGGUUCUGCAUCGGUCUUUCCAUCUAUCUGUGUGUCGUGUUGUUGUGUGGGCCGUGCGUCUGUCUGUCUGUGCACGGACGGGAUGUGUCAUGCCUGCAGGUGUCCGUGGUAUCCACUGGGCAAGUGCUGGCGAGGCGACCAAUGCAACUUCGCACAUGUACACGAAGGUGUGUACGCAGCAAUCGAUCCACGAACGAACAAGCUGACUCCCCUCCCUCCCUACGUGGCGUCUGUUUCUACCUGCAGAGUUGCGUCCUGGUCUGGCUGAUGCUAAGGAGGAGGUGCGCACCCGCAACCCGACGACGAGCAUGCAGCCGCCUCCACCGCCGCCCGGCUACCAGAACGCCGCACAGCUACAGAAACUCGCACGCGCAUCCACCACUACAUUCAAGGAAACGGUACGGAGGGUGACAAUCAAAGUGACACACGUACGGACGCCCGUCAUAGACAUCUAAUCUACAUGUGUGUCGUUCGUGCGUGUGUAUACGUCAGCGCCCCGACGGCAUGUCUGAGGAGAUAAGUUUGAUCCGCACACGUGACCCCUACACCCCGGCUGAUGUUGUGCCAGGGUAAGUCAACACACCGCAAGAGCAGCACACCAAAGGGGAGGGGUGCACAUUCUCAAUCUGCUGGGUCCUCCUCCCUCCCUUGCUCAGAGCAUUCCUGCACAAGGUCGGCCAGCAGCAGCAACAGAAGCGCCCCACCACCCCCGCCCCUCCCCCCGGCUUCGCCACGCCCACACCAGCGGCCAACAGCGGCGGUCUGCCGCCUCUUCUCGGGCCCGAGCCCGACAGAAGCGCCAAGACCAUGCAGGAGUACACGCGUGCAGCCUACAGCCGCAUGCAGAACCAGCCCAACAUCCGAUCGCCCACCUCGGGGCCCGAGGGGGAGGAUGCCUUGUCACUGCGACGUGGCGGUGGCGGUCAGACGGUGGUGUGGGGCAUGGGCAAGGACGAGGUGCUCGUGCAGCGACCACCUGGCCUGGUCGCCACAUCCCCUCCACCCCUCCACUCGCCACAGAACGUCCUCUCUCUCGAGUCACUGCUGGCGGGGCGGUCGAUGGCCGGGACUGAGCAGGCGGCAGAGGAGUACCAGCGUCGGAUGAAGGGACCCACAUCGGCCGAGACCCUCCCAGUCGCAUCGCACGUGUCAUCUCCCCCUCUGGGCGACAUCGACGUCAUGAGCCCCCAGUCGCUGCCCGGCGAGCAGGCAAGCGGCGGCGCGGAGGGGCCGCCCCCCUACUCGCCCCCCCUGGCUGAUGCCAAUCCCAUCGAGGUGGUGUCCUUGCCGCUGUUGCACGACCUGCUGGCACAGGAGGGCAAGAAGAACGAGGCGGCCGUCACCAGCGGCGUCAGCCCAUCGGUGGCCGAGCAAUCGGUCAGCCGCAGCGCAAGCCACACGUCCGCCACGCGGGACAGCUCUCGUCGCGGGCUGUCGGAGACGUCCCUUCCUGCCGUGCCCGAGGGCGAGCUCGAGAAGCAGAUGAUGCAGAAGCAGCUCAGCAAGAAGGAACAUGCCGCCGCCAAGAGCCGAUCGCUCGACACGCUGGAGCUCGCCGAGAAGGCCGACAUCGAGGCACUCAACCGUGUGGUCAUCGAGAAGCUCAGCGGCGGCCUGCAGGUUGGGACGGAGGGGCCAGUGGACAUCUACGCGUCGUUGGCGAGUGUGCUGAGCCGCAUCAAGCGGGCUAAACGCCACGAAUUUUUGAAGCGAAGAAUGAUGCGCUUCCUGGCUGCUGGGUCUUCGGAGGGCAUCAUCAACCACACCGUCCACAUCGACGACAUGCCGCUCUUCGUCACCGGUGACGCCGUCGCGUGGCCCAUCACACGCCUCCUCAAGUCGGCGGCCAAGGCCGAGGGCAUGCCGGCAUUCGAUGCGCCAUCGCUCGCCCAGUACCGCUUCGCCGACCACGAGCUCGAGGACCGGCUGUCCCCUUCUCUGGCUCUGGUUCCCGACAGCAGCGUGAGCGUCAAGUCAGUCAGCGAGCUGUUCCGCGGUGUGCUGGUGUGGACGAGUGCCAUGGCCAUCGUUGGCCGCAUCGAAUGGCACGAGGCGCACCAGUACAUGCAGCAGCUGACCGACAUCCUCCUCAAGAGCCCGCCGUCGCCUGACCCCACCGUGGUGUGCCUGUACUACGACCAGUUCUUCAGGUCGCAGGCCGGCCUCGCCGCGCCGCUCGACCCGGAGACCGACUUCCACUCCACACCCAUGCCAACGCAGACGUGGACAACGGUGUCGCAGGAGCUGCUCAGACACGCACACAAGAAGGCGGCGGCCGUGGCGGCAGACAGCGAGAGGGCGGCAGCACCAGCAGCAGCGGCAGCGGCUCCCUCCAUCUCGUCCGGCGACAACCGCUCGUCCACGCAGACGUCUCCCGUAGCGUCCCUAUCAGCCGGCCGGGAUGCCCUGGCACUGGCAACGGAAGUGGCGACAGAGAUAGCAGCCGAGUCAGCAGCAGCGGCGGCGGAGGAGCCGACCAAGGCCGACCCGUCGCCGACUGAGGCUGAGGAGGCCAUCGAGGCAGCGAGAGGUGACGAGGCGGGCGAGGUGGAGGGCGACAGCGUUGUCGAGGACGACGACGACAUGUAGACUGACACACAACCAAGGGAGGGCGGGAGGAAGGGAUGGGUGGGUGGGUAGGUUGGUAGGUGGUAGGCUGUACCUUAGUGGUGUUGAGGUUUGUAGCCGGCUUUGGUCUGAGGUGUAAUUGAGCCAGUCACUCGAUCAGAGCGGACGGGGCGGGGGGGAAAGGGGCGGCUGUUGGCACAUAUCCAGGUUGUGUCGUGUGGUGUGUGUAGCCGGGCCGGUCGUGGAGAGUGAUGAUUGACUGUUUGCUCGUGUGCUGUCAGUCAGUCAUCUGUCUGUUGCUUCAUUGCCUGUGUUUGCUGCUUGUGUCUCGGUCGAGCCAGCGGUCGGUUGUUGACUCACUCAUUCAUCCAUCCAUCCAUCGCUCGAUCGAUCGAUCGAUCGCUUGGCUAGACGAGACGAGCGAGGGGUGCGUUAAGGGCCACGAUCGACGUACGUAUACACACCCACAGAUACACGUACAGCCAGGAUUGUCUCGUCUUGUUGUGUCGAACAGCCAUGGUGUGAUUUCUGAUGUAUCGUGUGGCGUGGCAGGCCGGUGGGGUCCGUCCGUCAUCCGUCCGUCCGUCCGUACUCGUUGCCUUUUUCUCUUAUUUCUCUUGGUCCGUCAAGCUAGCCAGCCAGGUAGGUGUACAUACGUAUGUCAUAUCGGUAGUGCCUGCCUGCCUCCCUGCCUGCAGUGUGCCUGCCUGCUGCCGUGUUGUUUGCCCGCCCGCCAGCUGGUGUUUGUGUGUGUCUUGUGCCUGUCUGUCUGUAUAUCGCUGCGGUCGUCGUUUGUUUGGCUGCCCGACCAGCCAGCACACUGCACGCCUGCACACAUACGUACGGUACGUGAACACAUACAAACAUACAUCGUGGGUGACUGACUUGCGUGGGUACCAUGGAUGGGAUGGCACACUCAUACCAUGCCUCGCUUGUUUGGCCUUUGUAUGCAUGCACCGCACCCUGUGCGCAUGGUGCUGCUGGCUUGGUCGUUGUUGGUCAGUUGGUUUGUUGUCUUGUCAGUUCGUCCGUCCGUCUGUCUGUCCGUCUAUGAGAGCGUCUGUCUGUCCGUCCGUGUCUAUCUAUCUUUCGUCACAUCGUGGAACCCAACACGUUCACAUCCAUACAUCCAUCCAAGAUACAUGCGGUUGUCCGUUUGUUGCCACUAACUGCUUGCUGUAUAUUUUCUUGCUGCUUAUUAAGUGACUGAGUGACUGAAGUGAGUGAAGUGAGUGUCUGCAUGCAUGCGUGCUUGCGUGCAUAGGUUUGUACCUAUCUAUCCAUUCAGUCCGUCAGUCAGUCAGUCGACCCAUUUCUUCAUUGGUUGGUUUGUCGUCUCCGUGUCCGUGCAGUGCACCCGCCUCAUUCACUCGCCAGAUUGAAUGACGCUGGCAUGCCUGCGCGGUAGAACACCCCCCGCCCACCACGACGGCCGCACCGCACCGCACCGCACCCGUGGCAAGCACAGCCCUUCCUCAGUUGUGUCUUGUCAUUCAUGCGAUGCCGUGCUGUGUUGCCCGAGUGGCGUGGCGGGCGUGCAGUGUUCUUACAUACAUACCGACUGGCGGGCGGGGUUUGCGGUGCCGCCGCGUCCCCCUGCCGUCGCCGCCCACGGUUUUGCUCACUCUUCUGUCUGUCGGGACUGUUCUUCGGUCAUGGUGAGUGACGUGCUCUGAAAUGCUAUGCAUAGCUAUGAUAUCUCAUGCAGACGUACAUGAUGAUGCAUGGAAUUUGUUGGCGGAUGAUGGGUUUGUGAGGAGGGAGGGGAGGGGAGGGGAUGGACUGACUGACUCGUUCAUGGGUCCAUACAUACAUACACGCAUUACCCAUUCAAUCAGCAGUUGUUUGCUCGAGAGGAGUCUGAACAUCGGCUGGCUGGUUUGGCUGCCAGGCGGCAGGGGAGGGGGGGCGGGGCGAGGGUGUGGCAUUUCAUUUCUUUGCAGAGGCUGAGUACUACUGGCUGGCUGGCUUGCUGACCAACUACCUAAGCAGUGCUCUGCACCUGCCCUUUCAAUUGCAGGCAGACCCACCACCCCCAUACACACACACACACUCACACACACACGAGAAUGGUGCAAAUGGCGCUCCACGUCUACGUCUUGCGUGCCACACUCACUGGCCUGCAUACGCCUGUGCACAGGUAGGUACACACCCACUGUUUAUACCACAGGUGCACCCACUUCUGCCUCCCACUGACUCAUUGUAACUCACGGCGUUUUGUGCCGAUGAUCGGUGCCGACCAGACCACCAACAAGCAGGCAGGCAGGCUGGGCUGGGCUGGGCGAUAUCACAUCCGAUUCAUACGCACACUGUGGGUGCUCACAUACAUGGCCUGUCUGGCCACCAUGGAUGAGCCGCCUGUCAGUCAGACGUCUGAGUGAGAAGCCACCCCAUCCAAUCCACGCCACACACGCACACGUGCACGAGAAUUAAAGCCACGCUGCUGCGUCAGGUCAAGCAGGUGGGAAUUUGAUGACACACAGAGACAGAGACAUGGACAGAGAGGUGUGAGCGAGACUAUCCUACUCUCCUUGUGUGGAGUGUUGUGUUGUGUUAUGGCGGUGUCACUACUUGCUGCUUUGCUAUUCCAUUUUCCAUCAACCGCGUCUUCACUGCAGAGCCUUCUCCCGCAGAAGGUCAGCGAAGCGCGGCGCCUGCGUGCGUACCGAAAAGCCGUCUGACCUCUUUGUUGCUGCUGCGUGUGCUGCCUGGGUUGUGUUGGGUCGUGGGGUGGUGUGGUGUGGUGUGCGCGCGGUGCGGUGCAGUGACAUGACGUGAUCUCUUUCGGUGAGUACCCAGCUGCGUGUGCACAUAACGGCAGGCAGGCAGGCAAGAGAGAGAGAGAGAGGUCGGCAGGCAGACAGACAGACAACCAUGUCAGUCAGUCGGAUUUAAGGCAUACACCACUCACUGACUCGCCAAUCAUUACACUCACUACUACCUCCUACCCUACUGGCUGGUCCUACUACUACUGCUAUGCUAUCGUGCAGGCACUCUCUCCCUGUCUGUCUGUCUGUGUCAGUCAUGUGUUUACCCGGCUGUGUGCACGUCACGCCCACGAAUCAAAUCAAUCAAUCACGUGAGUCCAUAUGGUCAGGGGGAGGGUGGGUGAGGGGUGGGCAUGCACACAUACCGACUACUCUACUCUCGAUGGCAGGCACUUUUCCCCUAAACACUUGCUGCGAGCGUGCUUCGUCUUUUUCGAUAGAAGUGCUUCACUCCUACAUACAUACAUACCCGUUGCUAACGUGACGUGCGUGCGUGGGACACACACGACAGCAUCUGUCAUUCGGCGGCCGUAUGGGCAUUUCAAAAGUCAGUCAAGUGUUCUUGCCUGUUAUCGUGGUGUCCUGUUGUGUUGUGUUAAUUUCCUCCAGCGAACCAGUCAGUGUGUGUGCGUUGCGUAGCUAGCUAGGUCCCUUUCGCUCCUUGUUUGUUUUGCCCACCUGCUGUGUUUGCUGUGUGAGGGGGCUCAGUGAGCGGCCAAAGGGCAUUAUUCUGUGCGUCUGUCUGUCUGUCCGUGUGUCUGUCUGUGCGCCUGUCCACCUCUUUGUGUGUGGAGUCAACUAACUGCGUGAGAGGAAGUCGAUCGAGCGUUUCUUUCUUCUUUGUCUCUGUGUUGUUGUUGUUGUUGUUGGUAUGUUUGUCCGUGUGGCCGUCUGUCUGCCUGUCUGUCUGCCUGUCUGUGUGCGUGUGUAUCGUGUGUGCGUGCGCAGUGGUGUGCUGCAAGUUUUUAGUCCACAGUCAGUCAGCUGGCUCUCGGCCGCCAGACAGCUGGUGAGUGCGUUGUGUUGUUUGAUUUUCUGUUGCUGUCAGUGCACUGCCUUGUGUUGUGUUGUGUGUGGUCCGUAUGCUCUCCCUCUCCCUUUCCAUGCCAUGCAAGCCAGCUCAGCUCGCUUAACAAGUGUCUUCUGUCUAGGUGAGUGUGUGUGUGUGUGUGCGAGAGGUAACACCUCCCGAGCCACGCAUCCCUCCCUCUCCCUCGUGCUUGCACUGGGCUCACUCCGUGGACGUGACGGGCCGUGUCUUUGCAUGUUAUCUUAUGCUAUGUACGUGUGUCGAGUCGGCUCACUCACUCCUUCACUUACUCAUCGCCAGCCAGCGCCUUUGUUCGUUCGGCUGAAUGAGGUGGUGCGGGUGGGUGGGUGGUGUACGUGCGCAUGUAGGUAGGUAGGUAGAUUGCAUCCUCCUUUCGUCCCUCUGUGGCUCUCCUCUCUCCUCUUGUCGCUCGCUUUGUGGUAUUUUUGCAAUCAACAGAAUGGAAGGAUCGAUGGACCAUCGAUCCAUCGAUGGAUCGGUCGAUGGUCCGUCGACAACCCCAACACGCAGGGCGUGCAGUUGCAGUGCGGUGCACACAGACAGACGUCUGGGCAAGCAGGCUGGCCGUUCUAUGUGGUGCUGUGCUGCUGCUGUCCGUCUGCGUGUCUCUAUGUCGUCUGGACAAGACAAGACAUAUUAAACCAACGUACGUACACCUGUCUGAUGGAUGCAUGUGGCUCAUGCAGCGUGUUGGUGAAUUAAGUGGUCUGAUGUGGUGGUGUGGUGUGGUGUGGUGUGAUGGGUGUCUGAUGGCAUGUCUAUAUGGCAUGUGGUGCCUCCCUCGUCUUCUCGUGCACGAACCACACACGCCCGUGGUGGGUGGGUGGACGUCUGUGUUGUACGUGUUCCCCAUUCAUUGUGUGACGGUGUUGUGUAUGUGCCGCGCCAUUUUCGAAAAGAAUUACCGAAUUGUAUGUGUCUGUCUGUCCGCCCCCGUGCGGUCUGAGUACUUUUGCAGAUUGAUUAACGUACGUAUUCGCCACACACACGGAUUCAGUCAGCUGCGCAUGCUUGCAAUGCACGCCACGAAUUGAGUGACUUACUGGUGGGAGUCUGUCUCGUUUUGGCUGCCUCACUCAGCACACAGUAAGUAACAGCACACACACACACAGCGGAUUCAUAUGUAUGCAGAGCUAGCGAGGGGGGGAUAUCGACGUGACCGACAGACUUACUGACACCACACGGCACGGCAUGGCAUGGCAUGGACGCAUACAGACGAGACGAAGGAGGUAGGUAGUUUCCUCAUUCUGGUUCCUUCCUAAAUCCCGUUUCUGUCAUUUGAGGGGCAAAGGGGCCCGGCCGUGGGUCGCAGUGCAGUGCAGCCACGGCCAGCCAGGCAGUCAAGUCAGUCAGUCGAGUGCCCUCUGCUUGCCGGCAUGCAUAACUGUCCACAUGUGGGCACGUCAUGCGAGUUUGUGAGCCGCCUGGGGUGGUGGUGGGGUGACUGGGCGUCUUCUGUACGGCUCCGUGCAGUUCAGCCAGCAGUGUGCGUGUGCACUCACCUUGGUGGUCCUGUCUGUGAUGGCAUGCAUGAUGGAUGGAUGCUCGACAGACAGUCAGUGUGACACUCAACUAACCACUCAUUGGAAUGCACACAUACGUACGUACGUGUAUCCAACUCAGCAACUCCAUCUCUUCUUUCUUGUCGUACCAAAUUGAACAAGGGGUGGCAGACAGGGACUGACGUCAGACACUGGACUGUGGGGUUCUCACGAGUGAGUGCGAUUCCAUCCAUCGGUGCAGUCAGUGUCAUCAUCAUGCAAUGGACAGCGCCUGCCCACGGCCCAGUCGGUCCAGGACCAUACCAUUUGAUCUCAGGAUUUUCACUCCACUGACUGUCA